GGCAAGGAAACGAAAGAUCGAAGAAGACAGGACACAGCCACAUCCCACAGGAGCGACAGAAGGGCAGGGUAGAUAAAUAUGAAGAAGAAACAGGGCUAAUUGAGUCAUUCUCAACUUCUGAGUCGUUUUCUCUUUAUAUCUUUCUUCCUCCUUCCGUCUUCCCCGAUUCCUUUGGCCAUCGUGAAUCCUCAAUCCAUCUCGAGAGAGAGUGAGGGAAAGAUUGAGACUUUGAGAGAGUUCGUGCUGUACUGAAUAAACCGACUCUCCCUGACACCAAGCUCCGGUCCUUCCUUGCAUCUGGGCUCUUGUCUAUUUAAUUCUUCCUUCCUAUAUUCUCUUCUGUCUUAAUCCGAAGAAGAAAGCUUUUCUUGGCGGGAAACGAAGAUGUCGGGGAAAGGAGCAAAGGGUUUGAUUAUGGGGAAGGGAGCUGCUGCAGCGGCGGCAGCUAAUAAGGACAAGGACAAAGAGAAGAAGAAACCCACCUCUCGCUCUUCUCGUGCUGGUCUCCAGUUUCCAGUGGGUCGCAUCCAUCGCCUCCUGAAACUAAGGACAACAGCUCACGGGAGGGUUGGAGCUACAGCUGCUGUCUAUUCCGCUGCUAUUCUCGAGUAUCUGACUGCAGAAGUACUGGAAUUGGCUGGGAACGCAAGCAAAGAUCUGAAGGUGAAACGUAUAACUCCAAGGCACUUGCAGCUAGCAAUCCGUGGUGAUGAAGAGCUCGAUACCCUAAUCAAGGGCACCAUUGCUGGCGGUGGAGUCAUUCCUCACAUCCACAAGUCCCUCAUCAACAAAUCGUCCAAAGAAUAGAGAACUUCUGUAGAAGCAGCAGGUUUCCUGCUUGCUAACACACCUGAGAUUGUCUUCUGAUGUUUAGAGAGUUAGUCAUGGAAAAUGUCAGACUUCUGUAUCUUGUUAGGUUGAUUUGGUUGCUGCUGGAUCAUUGUUACUUUUAAGCUAAUUCAGUUUGCCCCGUUUCUCAUUUGCUUAGUGAGAUGAUGAUUUAAUUCUUCGAGGUUCCAAUUGUUGCUGCUAUUACCAUUAGAAUGUACGACAAUACGAGGUAUGUUCAUUUAUUGGUCCAGUGGUGAAGCCACUGUUCUGUUUCUGUUUUCUGAAUGGGUAACGAUUCAGACAAAUCGAAUCCAAUCCAUUAAGAGUGCUUUGAGCAGGCAUUGAAACUUGAAUUAGCUACUAAUUAGCAGAGCAUGAUUUUGAGAAAACAAAGAUCAUCAUUGAUUCAAGUUGAAACCAAAGUAGAAGCCAAGUGGGAAUCCCAACAAAUGAAGCCAAGUUACAGAUCCUCAAAAAAGACCAACAUGUCAAUCAGGACUCUAGACUCAGCUACUCAUGGCCAUGUAGUUAGCCAGUCUUAAGCCUGAAUGUGCCAAACGAAUAACGCCCCUUAAAAUCAAUACAGUCGCUCAACUCAACCUCCUCAUCUCCCCUCCAAGAAUGUUAAAUCACAUUAGUCUGGAUCCUAAAUCCCUAACCAAUUGUUGACACCUUAGGAACAUCGACCGGGAAGUUAUCGAUCUCAUCCAUCCAUGGGUUCUUCUCCUUUGCAGGGUUAAUAGUCCUCAAAGCCUUCCACACAGCACUGUUGCACUUGAAACCCGAACCAAAUGCGAUCUGCCAUGUCCUGUCUCCCUUCCGAAUCCUUCCUUUAGAUUCUGAAUAAGCCAGCUCAUACCACAGCGAGCUGCUCGAGGUGUUACCGAAGCGGUACAGAGUCAUUCUCGAUGGCUCCAUGUGCCAAUCGGAUAAGUGCAAGUUCUUCUCCAACUCGUCCAGCACCGCUCUCCCACCAGCAUGGAUGCAGAAAUGCUCGAAUGCCAGCUUGAAAUCAGGAAUGUAUGGCUUAAUCUUCAUCUUCAGAACCUUCUUCCCUACCAAUGUACCAAAGAACAGAAGCUGUUCCGACAUUGGAAGCACGAGAGGUCCCAAAGUAGUAAUAUUAGUCUUCAAUGCAUCCCCUGCCACUGCCAUAAGAUCUUUGGACAGAGUUACACCGACUUUCCCGUUAGCAUCCUCUUCUUGAGUGACACACGAGAAGCAUUUAUCAUCAGAACCUUUAUGAGUGCGAACUGUAUGAACUAACUCAUACUUGGACCUCCUCUUAUCGGAUCUCUUGUUGGAGAGCAAAAUCGCAGCACCUCCCAUUCUAAACAAGCAGUUCGAAACAAGCUUCGAUCUAUCAUUCCCAAAGUACCAAUUCAAGGUGAUGUUCUCCAUGCUUAUGACCAAAGCAUAGGAAUUGGGAUGGACCUGGAGAAGAUCUUGAGCAAGAGCUAUGGAGAUCAGACCAGCACUGCAUCCCAUCCCACCAAGAUUGUAGCUCACAAUGUUACCACGAAGCUUGUAAUGGUUGAUCACCAUUGCUGAUAGCGACGGUGUAGGGUUAAACAAGCUGCAAUUCACGAUCAAAACCCCGAUAUCUUUCGGAUUAACCGAAGUCUUCGCGAGAAGCUCAUCAAUAGCUCCAUACAUCACCGCCUCGGCUUCUUUCCUCGCUUCCUGCAUGGACGGAUUUGGAGGGACUGUCAGGACAGCAUCUGGGAGAUAAGUGUUGUCUCCUAACCCAGAUCGUUCCAGGAUCUUCUUCUGGAACUCGAGGCUCUCCUCGGUGAACGAUCCGGCCAAACGAGAUCGAUCCAUGAAGAUCUUCUUGGUGCAUUGGCGCGAUUCAUCCGGCUUGUAACACGAGAAGUUGACGAGGUAGACUGGUCGAGGGCGUGUCAUGAAGUAGAGCGUGAAGAGGAAGACCAUCAGGGUUGAGCACACAAUCACGGAGAUGAGAUUGUACUGGAGAUGUUCCCACAAGUCGUGGAGAUCUUCGAAGGAGAAAGUCGAGAGCUGAGCUGUGAGAAUGACUACUAGUGGCGAAAGGCAGAGGUACAUGCCAUGAGUGAUGAGGUAGUGGUAACCGAGCUUCACGUAUUUCAGCUUCACCGAUUUCUUGAAAUCUGGGAGCUUUCGAGUCGAUGAUGGCUGGAUCAAGGGUUUGUUUGGUUGAGUCUCUGCCAUCUUUUCCCCCUCCCCUGUCAACAUUAAGAGCAACCCCUAAAUCAAUCGACAAAUUCAGCUUCUAUCUACCCUAUUGGUUCAAACAAAUCCCUAAAUCUGUCUAACCCAUCGCAGAUUCAAAUCUAAGGCCAGAAUCACGACAAAGCCCUAAACUUUCCUAACAACAGACCGAAACCCAGAAACCAAAUCUCUUCACAGAUUCAAGAAACCCAAGAGAAAAAUGGACAAGAAAUGUCAAAGUAAAAGAGAUAAGAUUGAAAAAGCUACGCACCUUGACCAGCUGGGAACUGGAGCUCAGAGAUCGCCCGAUUCUCCUCCCAGGAGAGAGAGAGACCCACCAAGAGACGGAUCCCAAAAUGGAUUGACAACGAUUAAAUAUAUAGUGGAAUACAGCGCAAGCUACUUCCAAAGUCAAAAAAAUUUCGCGGACGAGAAAAACAGAGUGAGAGGGGAAAAAAAACUCAAAAAAGGGUUAAAGAUAGAAACAGGGGAUGGGGAAAUGGGUAAGGAGAGGAUAGGCGCCGGCUACGAUUCUCAAUCCAAUUUAUAGAGCAGAGAAACUAGAGAUAAUGGCGGCGGGUGGCGAUGAUUGAGAGGAGUAGAAUACGGGCUGUGGCGAAGGAGGAGAAUACGCGUUUUUUCUCCCCUGUGGCGAGAGGGAGUGGGGGGAAUUGCGCGGCGCCAACUGGUACCCUGUUUUCUUGUUUCGUUUUGUUGUUUAUUGUUUAUUUGGUUUGUUGUUUGACCGGCCGCCGGCGAGAUGGACGGGACGGUUGGUGGAUCGGACGGGAGACGUUGGAUUGCCCAAACCAAAACACGGAGUUGAAUUUUCCCCGGUUUGCUCACUGUUCUUCUGAAAGUGAAAACUGAAAGAUCUCCAUUUGAAUUCAUUCAAAUCUAGUCAUAAUUAUGAAUCCCACUCUUCAAGUUGCAUCAUCACAUGGACAGCGGAUCAGAUGCCCUUUUCCUUUAUUAAUAAUUUCUUCAUCCCAUAUCUUAUGUGAUCUCGAAGAUCAGAUUAGGUAAGCUCUUUAAUGGAUUUUGUCAACCAUAUGUACAGGCAAGAGGAAACAUGUCGAUGCUUACUCAAAACGGAAUAGUUUCCCCGUUCAAGAAGCAGAGGUCUCAUGAUCGAAAUUCUGUGGCAAGAAUCAAAGCAAAAGAGAAACCUUAUUCACAUGUAUCGAGUAAAACACAAUUCUAAUACUCACCGUGGGAACGAAAUUUGGCUACUAUAUCGACCGAUGUUCUGACAGCUGGGAUGCUCGGCUUUCUAUUCGAGAAAAGUGGUACAUGGUUUGAAGUAGCAGAGGGAUCCGAGGAUGUUACCUGCUGACGACCCACUGUAAGAGCGGGGAAAAAAAAAUCCUGAAAAAAGAGUAGUACUGAAUAUGGUGGUGACUUUGGUGCCUAAGCACGACGAUGAAUCAUCGUCGUCGUGACCGCCUCAGACAUAGACUACACCGAUCCUAGGCGCCAAAGUCCCCUCCGAAUUCACCUCUUCUGGUUUAUAAACCAACACCAACGUAUGUUAUGUGUUUCAACUAUAUGUCAUGCUUCAUAUAUAGGAGAGUAGGAGACACAAAGAUUUGAGCAAGAGUACCAAGCAACUACUUCACAAAAGUCACAAGACUGUACUACCGUUUUUGCACCUUCCCACGUUUGUACUUCCUUGUGUACC